CCUGAGUGGUUGUCAGUCGUUGGUUUAUAUUUUGUAAGAUCUAUAAGAUUUCGGCAAUUUGCCAAAUACAUACUUGAGAAUACAGUUCAAUUACUCAGUGUGUGACUAACGAUAUAUCUCAGAUACUAUAACACAAAACAAGAAGUAGAUGCUAAAAUAACACAACUCUAAACCGUUUACGCACUUUUAUCGACUCCUCUGGAAACCAGGAUAGAAUCAGAUUGAAUAAAGUUAUAUAUAUUACAGCCUGGCAUUACAUUCCUCCUGCGAUCUGAUUCAGGUAUGUGCUUACUGUUGUACAUUAGCACGUCAGUUGCAUCAUUUUUUACCAAGGAAAAAGGAAGUUUUAGAGCAAUAUAGUUUCAAAGGUGUUAAACUCUCGUUUUUAUAAUUAGCAGUAUUAUUAUUUGCUCUAUGGCUUCAGAUGAUUUAUUUUUCUGAACACAUACAAAAUGUCUUGUUCUGUCAUGUUUUACAAUUCUACUGUUGAAAUCUAAUGCUGGCUUCUUUUUUGAAGAAAACCUCAAAGUCUAACAGUAUAGAAAAUGAAAGAUUGCUGUAAAGUACAACCUGUUUCCAGCUGGGGUCUAAGCAAGUUACCAAUAAAAAUUAUAACUAAAUCCGUGAUACAAAAUCUUAGACUUAAUGCUUUCGUGUCGUUGUACUGUCAAAACAGUAAUUUGAUAAAGAUAAAAAAUUCAUUCCUGCACGUCCGAUAAUCUAUAUUUACACUGUGUCGGUAAUUGUAAACGAAUUAUUCUGCAACACAAACAUUUUUGUUUACGCCAGACGACGCUUGUUUCUUGAGGAAGGUGAAUAUCAAACUUUUUUGUUACCAUGAAUAGUAUUUUCUGCUACAAGGAGGCAGUGGUUGUGACGUCGCGUGCGAGAAUGAUCCUAUAUGCGCAUUUAUAGUUAAUUACGAAUUUAAAAGUUAUAUUAAUUGUUUGUGCACUCAAAAAGCACGGGGAAAAAGGCUCAUUUAAAAUUGAAGAACAUUUCUAUUAACCGUCGUUCACUAAUAGAAGUUAGAAUGCUUUUCAAGCUUUUAUCAGACUUACAAUCGUUCACAUCAAGUUCAUUUGACAAUAUCAGCCAUAUAUAUGUUGUUAAUCUUUAGAUAUGAAUUCUGCAUGAAUAUAAUGAGAUUAUGACCACAAUAAGCCAUUUUUACAACCGGAAAAAACAAAACAUAACGAUUCUGGAAAAUUUUAAUAUUUCCGCGAACUCAAAAUAGAUAUUGCUAGCAGACGGAAACACCAUUAUCGUUAUCAAACUUUUUUUAAUUGAAUUUCUCGGCUGAAUUGUAGAAUUGUUCCUCUGUUUCAUUCUUUACGAAAGGCUUACAUUUAUGUUUACCCAAGCUAUCGAUAUCAUUUUCGAGAGCACGCAAGUAUUCACCGAGCAAGUUAACAGAUUGCGAGAUUUUUGAAAAGUGUGUUCCAUUUACUCUCCAAACGGAUUUUCCUGAAACUUAAAAUGAUAAAAACCAUAUUUUUGUAGGCAAGCAUAGACCUGCCCGAUUGAAACUAACAUUUUCUCGCUUUUCUUUUAACAGUGUCUAAAAUUCAGGAAAAGCAGAAAAAUCUCCAUGACACCUUAAGUCAUAUGACGUGCGAAGAAUGAUGACUGUUGUCGAGUAAGUACUAGUAGAUUGUCCAGGCAAUGAAUAAGUCCUUCGGGAAAAUAUUUUUGAUUGAGGUUCCAUACAUGUUAUUAAUCCCUAAUACGCCAGGGAAUGUUUACGUCGAUAACCGUUUUGGCUCCUUAGUUAAGUUAACGACUAGCUCUGUUUUAGUCCGGUUCUGGCCCCAUUCUCUCUGUUACAGAGGGGCCAGAACAGGACAAGCUCUGUUUGGGCCCCGCCCUGGGACCAGUUGAGUGUGUCCCGUUUUUAUAUACCCUUUUAGGGUCCUUUGAGGCUCAUAACUUUUUCAACAUUUUUUUUUUUCAUCUGUGCAUUGUUUUUGUGGUUCUUUUCUUUGUUCAUUGUUGUUAUUGCUUCAGUGAAAUUUAACUUUACAGUGCUGUUGUACCCAGUAAAGUUAUAAAUUAAAACAACAUAAACAACCGACCUAACUAAGGCGUAACUGCUAAGGUCCAGCGUUAAAGUUAGGCGUUUAGCUAGUUUGGAAGUCGCAUAACAGAUGAAUUAGCCAUGUUAACUAGGCCGAGGUUUUCCUAAGGCGUAAGCAAUCGUAGAAUGACACAUUAAGUGGUUUUCUUUAGAUAGCUUGUUGUGUUAGUGUGAUACAAAACUCUUAUGAGACUAUUUUAAUUGAUCUUCAGUUAUUUAGUUCAAAAAGGCCUCCCUGUUUUCAAUUUCACUGCUAGGUGCGGGACUCAAGUUGAUAUACGAAACAUACAAGAUUGUGAAAUAAGGUAACGUAUUUAGAGAACUUCACGUACUCGGAUUCAAGAUGUGAAUUUCUCAAAAUAGGAAAUGAGCAGAUAAAAACAGCUCAAAACAAUUCUUAUGGAUACAAAAAUUGCGUGAAACUGACUAAUUUAUGUGUAGAAAUAAUGAACAUUAAGCGACAAGUAACUGGGAAACUUGGUCACAUGCUACAAAUUUGCGUUUGCCGUUUGACGUAAAGGUGAUGCUUAACCUCUCGUAGUUUGUUUGGUCGCUCACUCACAGCAAAGGAUAGCUACUUCUUCUCCAGAGAAAGAAAGAGACUAGAUGGGACCUGAAAGUAAUUUGAAAAACGGGCUUUAUGGAAAGGCUACGCCUUAUUCUUUCACUCUUGUGGUAUAGGAAAGUUACUAGAAGGCGCAGGAAAAUUCUCGCGUGUUACUAAGAGAUUUAAGAGAAGAAAUAAAGAGCCACAAUGGCUCUUGAAGAAAUCGAGUAACCCUCACUCGCUGACUUAACAGGAAUAGAGAAAAUGUUGUUCUAACUUUAGAAUCUGAGGAUGAAAUUCUAUGCAAUUACCAGGGAAACCUUUUAAGCAGUACUUUUGCACAGUACAAUUUUCCAAAUAAAAUUUAGGAUUUUUCUCAAUUUUCAUAUUUUAGAAUAACUGAGCGAUUCCUCGAGCGCUGAUUGGUCGAGAGCUAUGAUCGAUUAGAGUACAGACCAUGGAAAUGACGUAAUGGUGCCCUUUCUAGCUGUCUCUAGCCCGAGACCAGGCUCCGCAUUGUGGGGAAAAAGAGAAAAAAUCGGCGUUGGCGAAAAAAGAGAAAAAUCGGCGAGCGAACGGGAAAGGGUGCGCAGCCCAGGGUGCGCAGCCCUUCCCCCCUCUCCAGGAUACUGCUCAGCUCGCUUCGCUUGCCGAUAUUUUUUCUAUUUGAUCCCGUUUUUUGGCUUUUUCUCCCACUGCGGAGCCCGGUCCCAGGCUAAGCUACCUCCAGAUUAGGUGACCAUAGCUUUACCAAGUAUUUGUUCAUGGUUCGAUUCGUUGGUUUCAGAUUGUUACCACAUCACAAUUGUACAAGUGUAGCUGUUCAGGUGGAAGAAGAGGACUUUGAACCGCAACCAGCUGACGAAAAACAGAUAACAAAUGAUGUGUAAGAAACUUCUUCUGGAUCAAUUUAGGUUUUUGGAAAACUGCCCACCUACCCCUCCCUUUAGCCAACAUUUUGCACCAAGUGAGAAGUAAGUGUUUUUGUUGACUUAUGGGAGGGGUAGGUGGGCAGUUUCCCGGAAACCUAAAUUGAUCCCUUCUUGUGUUUGCUAGUAAAAAAAAACACGUGGUAGAACAUCCUAAGGAGUUUCGCAUGCAGUUUUUCCAAGUCAAGCAUAGCAUACAGCUCUAUUAAUUACUGCACACCGGGGAAAUCGGGGGCAAAUAUGGUAAAUACCUCAUUUGCAUCCUGACACGGGUUUAAAAUUCGAGGGCCAAUACGGUAUUUACCAUCUUGCCCCUGAUUUCCCAUUCCAUCUUAUAUAUUUGCCCCCUGGCAAAGUUAAUUAUAUGCAAUUUUUAUUUUUCGUGCAGUACAGUCACGUGCGCAAAAGAACGAACUGAACGUCACUAGUCGAACAAAACAUUUUAUUGGCGAUAAAAAUGCUGUGCACAACCUUACCUGAGAUCAGACGCCUCCUAAAUCCGCGUCACCAAAGAUUAUAUAAUCAGACGUCUGUACGAUCUGAACGCAGGUUAAUUGAAAUGUUGUCUGAAUAUCACCCGAUUUAAAACAAAAAGGUUCUUGCGCUUAAUAGGCAAAUCAAGCAAAGACAAAUCGACGACACUGAUGACGACACACAUCGUUCUACCAAUGGCAGACCGGCAAGUUGAGCACUGGAAGUUACGUUCAGUCCAUUCUGCUUCCUUAAAUUUCAUGUUGAACGCGCAAGCGAACCUGGUCCUCACUAGCGACGCGAGCAUAAGCUGCAUAAGCCUUCUGACCAUAAGGAGCUUUUCUGCUAGCGAGAACGGCCGCGAUAAAGCCGCAUAAAUAUAAACACAAGAAUAUAUCAAAACCUUGCAUUUUUCUUAUACUUAUGCUUAUGUCACUUAUGCUUAGUGCGUGUUGCAUGCAUCGCUAGCGAGGACCUGCUAUUCGACUACAAGCUGUAUGCGAUGUUGGACAUUUGAGUUUAAUACAGCUUUCCUCGGUCACAUAUGAAGCCCUAGUCAAAAGUACCCUGUUUAUAGUGUCCUGUUUUUCAGUAACACUAUGUCGACUAGAUGGAGCGCUAACCAUUACGUGCAAUCAUCUUGGUUUCAAAUGUAUCCAGUCUCACCCGAGUCUAACCUGGGGAAGAGUAAACGCACAUGCCUACCCCCUCGGUGAUUUGAAACCAAGAUGGAUGCUUGCAACUGUGAGAGCUCGAUCUCAAAUCGAACAACUCUGCCCGGAACCUCUUGUUACUGAGAUUAAACAUCGCGUUUACGGCAAACGGCAAACGUGAGAUUCAAGUUUGGAAAUUUUCAAAAUGGCAAAUGAGCAGAUAAAAAAAAAGCUUAAAACGGUUCUUAUGGAUAGAAUUGGCGUGAAACUACCGAUUUUCGUGUAGUUAUAUUGAACAGUAAAGACAAUUAAAGGGGAAACUUGCUCACGUGGUACAAAUUCACGUUUGCCGUUCACCGUAAACGCGAUGCUUAAUCUCUCUAUUUUCUAACUCUCCGCUUUUUUUCUUUUCCCUCUACUUGCUUUUUUCUUCUUUUUUUAAAUACAUAAAGUAACGCCAAUUUAUCACUAUCUAGGGAAGACGCAAGGAAGCCUCUGGAAUACCGCUGUGAUUAUUGUUACGGUUGUUUGCUGUGUGAAAAAGAACGCCCCUGGUACAGCCUGCACGGAAAGGGUGCGUUGCUUUAUUGUACUAACAACGUUUCUUCUUAAUAUCAAGAUGCAAAACCACUCUGUUCUCUGUGUACCUUGGGUAACAGAGGUACUUUUCUCGCCCUUGCGUGUGGAGGGAUGCUUCGGUGACGGCCGCAAACUGAGAAUUUUUUGGCUAUAUGCUGAAGCCACAAGUGGCGAAGCCAACCCCGUCACGUUCAAAUUCUGGACUAUAAGCAGAUGUAACCGUGCUUGCAAUUAGCUCGGCGCUAUCAAAGCAAUAGCGAUGUGGUCCAGAGGCUUUUCGCGCCGGUCACCACAGUACAAAGACUUGACUGAAAUCGACAUGACCGAGGAGCCCAUGGUUAUGGGCUUCUAGCAUGAAAAUUCUCUGGCACCCAAGGUAUUAUCCGUGCUGAUUUCCUACCCGAUGGGGCCCCUAAUAAUAGAACCACGCUGUUCCCGUUAACCCAGCAAGUACAGACUCGCUUUGAUAUUGGAGAGACACGCUUGGAGUUAUAUAUCGCAGCGACGCUAUAUUCCCCUUGCACCUUCCCAUGACACGCAGCGUCCCUCAAACCGUUACCCCAAUCCAGUCUCUCACCACGAAAAUACAUUAGAAUUUUUUUCUCUUCAACUGCGACAGUUUUAUCGUAGUUUUGUAAUUUUAUUGCAUUUCAUUUGGCUGUUCAUUGUUGUAUUUGGAUAUGUCAAGAGACUGCAUCUUCUCUAGCUGCAGUUAAGAGCCACAAUGGCUCUUGUUUCAGUCUUACUUCGACCGAUUGUUUUUAUUUCCCCCUCUCGAUCGCUGUCUUGUUAAACUAUAUAUCGUCAGACUCCCGACCGCCGUGAUUCUGUACAUCUUCUUUCCCAGUUUUCAUCCCAUUUGAUUUCUUUCCCAUUUUUCCGGUUCCCUUUACAGUCUCUCAACGGACCACACUCUUCUCCAUUUCAACUAAAUUGCCCAUCUUCACUCAAGUCUGAUUCUUUCUUAUUACCAGCUACUAACUGCACGUAUUUUCCUCUAUGUCGAUACUGUUCACCCUUUCCACUAGAUGCCCAAACCAAUGUAAAUAGUCACAAUUGCAAAACUGAGUCAUACUAAACAUCUGAGUUUCUCUUUCAGCCUGUCCGUGGGUGUUACUCCUGACGCCUGGUUACCUGGUGCUGGGUGUAAUUCUAAUGCCUUUCUUUAUUCUUAUUGGCUUAGCCUACUGUGUAGCAGCCGCCAUUGAAUAACGACUGUUCCCGUCCCAAACUUACUCCUGAUUACAGAUAUUUACCCUUAAACGCAAUAUAAAUUUAAUGCAAAAAAUUGUCUUCUUUAUGGCUAAUGAUUAAAUUUAAGAUUUUUUCUUUUGAAUAAAGAAAUUCUUCUUCAAUGGUUGGUUUUCAAUCAAUUGUUUUUAGUGAAAACCAUUUCACAUUUGAACCUACAGCAAUCAAAGUAAGCAACUUUCAAAACGUGUAGUGGACAAGAUCGUACGACCGAUUGCAUUUACAGAAAAAAGCUGACGAGACCUGGCCUGC